UCGGCACAGGUAAAACCGGCCUGAAUUUUAAAGCAUUACCCAAAAAAGCGAGAAAAGCCGACAAAACCCGUUCUCUCAGUCGGGGACACCUUGUUUGUUGCCACGGCCCUCAUCCAGCGGUAGCAGCAGAGUUUUCCACGGUAAAGAAGACGGGUCGGAUUUUCAGAACCAACUAGAAAGUCCAGUUCGACCGACCGAGAUGUCACAGGAGCAUGACAAUAAGCGAGCGGUCCUAGUUCUCCAGAACAAGUCGGGUUAUGGUGGUGGCCAGCGUCGCUCUUUCACCACAGAGGAUGAAGCCUGGAAAUCGUUUCUGGAGAAUCCUCUGACAGCUGCCACCAAAGCCAUGAUGAGCAUUAACGGAGACGAGGACAGCGCUGCAGCUCUCGGCUUCCUCUACGACUACUACGAGGUGCCCAGGGACAAGAGAACAAUACACCAGCCCAAGACAGAUUCACUGGGCUCUGAUGUGGAUCCUAACAAAAGGCACCAAAUACAGGCCAGGCACUCCUUAGUUCCCCUCCAGGAAGCCGGCAUGGACAACAGAAUCCAGGUCCUCAAAGCACCUGUCAAUAUCCUCCAGCUGACCCAGGACAAGAGGGUCCAUUUCCCCUCACCAGACACAACUGUCACAGUUUCCAUCGCUACAGUGCCAAACUAUGCGCCAGUCAAGACAGAGGUGCCCACCCACGGCUUCUCUGUGACCGUGCCAAACAACUGCGCCGAGACCGACAACCAUGUGAGCGUCUUCGACCGCCAGCUCAGCCACAACAUGGUCCAGUUCAGCCCCAGCACUCAGGCCCGUACGCCCCCUGACUCCACCUUCUCUGAGAGUUUCAAGGAUGGUUCCCAGGAGGUGUUUUCCCUCCCAGGAGAUCUCCAGUUACGCAUGGCCCCCAUGACGCCCGAGGACUACACUCAGUUUGACACCGUGCCGGGAAAUAACUUUGAGUACACUCUUGAGGCAUCAAAGUCCUUGCGGCAGAAGACAGGCGACGGGACGAUGACCUACCUCAACAAGGGACAGUUUUACCCCAUCACUCUCCGGGAGGUUGACAACAAAGGGAUGCAGCAACCUAUCACUAAAGUCAGGAGUGUGGUAAUGGUGGUGUUUGGAGAGGAGAAGUGCAGAGAUGACCAGCUGAAACAUUGGAAGUACUGGCACUCCAGACAGCACACAGCUAAACAACGCUGUCUUGACAUUGCUGACUACAAGGAGAGCUUCAACACCAUCGGGAAUAUUGAAGAGAUUUCCUACAACGGCAUUUCCUUCACCUGGGACACAAAUGAGGAGGCCAAAAUCUUCAUCUCUGUCAACUGCCUGAGCACAGACUUUUCCUCUCAGAAGGGGGUGAAGGGCCUUCCCCUCAACCUGCAGAUCGACACCUACAGUUACAACAACCGCAGCAACAAACCCAUCCACCGCGCCUACUGCCAGAUCAAAGUCUUCUGCGACAAGGGAGCCGAGAGGAAGAUCCGAGAUGAGGAGAGGAAACAGUCCCGCCGAAAAGGAAAGAUGCCUGACCUCAACCCCGGCAUGAACUUCCCAGAUGUGAAAGUACCCAUCCUCCAGAAGCGCAACGACAUGACCAUCUUUAAGAUGAUGACCGACCUGGAGACGCAGCCCGUCCUAUUCAUCCCUGACAUCCACUUUGCUAACUUCCAGCGCCAUCCCUUCUCUGCAGAAGAUGGAGAAGACAGCAGCUCAGGCAUGAGGAGAUUACCCUUCAGUGAUGAUGAGUUUGGUUCUCCACCGAACAAGAUGGCGAGAGUGGACGAGCCAAAGAAAGUCCUGCUGUACGUGCGCAAGGAAACAGAGGAGGUGUUUGAUGCCCUCAUGCUGAAGAAUCCCACGCUGAAAGGCCUGGUGGAAGCUAUUUCAGAGAAGUAUGACCUGCCUUUGGAUAAAGUUGAAAAGGUCUACAAGAAAUGCAAGAAGGGUAUUUUGGUCCACAUGGACGACAACAUCAUCAAACACUACUCGAAUGAGGACACCUUCCAGAUCAGCAUGGAGGAGCUGGGCGGCAUGUUCAAACUGACCCUCACUGAGAUCUGACCUGGUGAUCCUGAGCAUCAGGGGAGGAUAAACAGGCUUCAGGUUUACACUUCUGGCUACACAGUGAUUAUGGACUUGAACUGAAACUUAGAUCAUGUCCUUCUCUUUUUUUGUUGUUGUUGUUUUGUCAAACUACUCUUUAAGAUCAUGUCCACAAAGCGAUGUUUAAAAGUCAGAGCUCCUAACAGGCGAAGAUGCUGGUUAGAGACAUAAGUUAUACAUGUGAUUAAUUGUAAAGCUUUUUUUUUGUGUAUAAGAAUUAAGAGGUGAGGCAACUGUUUGACGGUCGUGACUUUUUUGUAUUUAGAGCGAAUUUCUGCUGCACCUCAGUUAUCAGUGCCUACUUUUGUACAUACUAGUUCAGGUUUGCAGAGCAGCAGUAACGCUGCUAUACCUCAAGCUAUGCAAGCAGCAGGGUUUGUAUUUUAUUCUGCGAGAAAUUCUUUCCCCUCACAAAGCCAUAGACGCCCGCAGUCUGCAAAGUUGAAUAUUUCGCACACAAGAAUAGACGGCAAAUUUUCAGGGCCUUAGUGGUUCAGUGUAUUAAUUCUAAACAAUAUGGCAGUAUUUGGAAUAUCACCACAAGACAGAACACUGUAAAUGUUGGUACGUUUUCUUUAGAAUAGUAUACACUUCUUUUUCUAAAAAUAAUGUGCCUAUAAGGAUGUUUUCCCUUUAGUGAAUUUGAAUAAGAGCCUCUCUGUAAGUAUUACAUAGUUGAUAAUGGUAACAUUGGUAAAUACAGAUACCCAUCUUCUGUAGAGAUGUUUUCUGAAUGUUGAUGAAAUAGGUCAAAUAAUAUCCAACGUGCAAUAAUAUUGGGGCUCAAGCACAUUAAGAGCAUAAUUCUACUCAAACGCCAUAAAAAACAGUAUAGAAAACAUUCAGAUUUUAGUCAUGGAAAAUUUUGUGUAUAUAUUAAUUGAAAAAGAGGAUCUCUGAAAUCCUUUAUGUUUUCUCAGUACUUAUUGUGUAUAUAUUUAUUAAGAGAAUGGAUGUGGGUAAUUGCAUAUGUAACCAAUUUUCUAUCCAUAAUAUAAUGUCUUUUUCCCUUUUAUAUGAAGUUAUUUUAAAAAUUACAUGUCAAGGGACAGAAAGGUUAAAUGUUUUAAUGAUUGUCCUGUUUCUAUUUUGUAAAGGAUUUCAUGCAAAAAGUGCCCCAAUAAAAGCUUGUAAGCUGCCACUUUGAGCUUGGA